AUGAAGGAAUGGGAAACUAAGGUGUGUUGGAAUAAUGUUUGUCUACCGAAAGCGAGGGCCUUUUCCUGGCUUGCUGGAAAUAGGCGGAUUCUUUCUGGAGAUUGCCUGAGGAAAAUGGGGUUUGUUGGUCCAUUCCGUUGUGUGCUCUGUGAAAAGGCGGAGGAAGAUGUGGACCACCUCCUGCUCAACUGCGAGUUUGCCCAGGAAGCGUGGCUUUUUGGUUUGCAGAGAUUGAAUUGGAAGGGCCCCAUGGCAGGGAAUUUGUGUGAUUGGUUGGAUUCUUGGCUGGUUUCGGGCAAGCCUUCUACCUUUGCCACCGUAUGGAAGAUUUUGCCCUCUAUCGUUUUAUGGGAACUUUGGAAGGAACGGAAUCGUAGAGUGUUUGAAGGAAAAGCGGAAAAUAGGCAGCGCUUUUUGAUUAGAUUGGAGAGGGCCAUCUCAGAACUGGUUUCUAAUGCUGCCUCUCAUGUGAACUUAGCAAAGGUCCCUUUCACUCAGUUUGAUGCUAGUUUUUUGUUGAGUUGGCCUUUGGUUAAGUUCAGGCCUGUUAAUGGGCAUCUGAGGGCUAAUCUUUAG